CAAUGGGCAGUCGAAAACAGGUAACCGACGAGUACGGGUAACGUUUGUUUUAUAGAUGUAUUAGUUUAAAUAACAAAAGGUGUAUCUCAAGGUAAUCUGGAAGUUUUGUGAUAUUUUUUUUGUGCGAGAUUAUAGUCUGUUUUGUGACUGUGUGUAACUUGUUGGUGUCUCGACUCUCGACUAUUUAAAAAUUUACUUGCGGAUUACUAAAAGUAAAUAAGUCCUAAAAAAGAACAACAGAAAUAACGACAUUUUUGCAUUUUAUCUUUAAUGCAGUUGAUAAAAUGAUGCGCCUGAGAAAAUCUGCAAAAAUGACAAAGUCAACGAUAACGAUAGCCAUGUCAUCGACGCCGCCACCGUUGUUGGUCAUUGUCCUCUUAGCCAGCAUCCUGUUGCUGCACUAUCCCACUCAUGUUAUGGGUCAAUCGAAUUACGCUUCUCAUGCCAACAACGUUGAAUACCAAGGUGAAGGACUGCCAGAGGAAGCGACUCUCGAUGGAAAGGUGACAAAGCUUGAUGAUCUAAGUCCAAUUAUUUUCCUGAAUCGCACCAAAGCGGCUUUAAAUUGUGCAGCUGGAUCUAUGCAGGUUGGGCUUAAAUUUAAUGAGCCCUUUUUCGGUAUUGCUUAUGCUGAUUUUGACAGAAAUAGUGCCUGUCAGGUUCUUGGUAAAGGAGAACUAAGCUAUAAUCUUGAACUGCCAUUAAAAGGAUGUGGAACCAAACAAGAACCUCAACGUGUUUUUACAAACAACAUUGUUGUACGUUUUCACCCUGGCCUCGAAAUGGACGGUGAUGAAAUAAUAACCAUUGUUUGCAGAUAUCCACCACCAGUUCCAUCAAUUCCACCAGGCCUCCCAGCACCAAUCUUGAAUGAACUUGUAACCGGAGCAAUCUCUGAACCUCCACUUAAGGGCAUUCAAAUUCUUAUGAUCAUAUGUGGAAUCAUGUUCCUUACCUUGUUGCUUCUUGGUCUAGCUGUGUCCUCUUACUGCCUUCGUCGAACACCUAUUCCGAUUGUCCGACGACUUCCGAUGUCAAUGGGAAGUGGUUCAGAGAUCACGAAACUUAGUGACAGUAGUCUUGGCAAUCUUUCAAACUUUGAAGUUUUGAAAAUUCCACGAGCACAUGCUGCACUUGCUGCUGUUCAUAGCUCAUCGGGAAGCGAGGGUGUACUUAUUCCAUCUGACUACCCAAGUGAAUCACAUUCGGAAAUUGAAGAAAUUGACACAAGGUCUUUGCCAUUCAGUUCAGCUGGAAGCUUUGAAAAUCGUGCCUUUGUUCAAGAGACUUCAAGCAUUUACAGUGAAAACUACGGACACACCCAAGAAUUCCAGACGUCUAAUGCUGUGGCAAGUACUGUGCCACGUCUACCAAUUGCUGCCAAGGAAUCUUCACCCAAAUUCGAUGUUCAAGUUAGAGUGAAGAAAUCACCACCACCACCACCAUCCCCUGUGACUUCUGACACUGAGAGUGUUGCUACUUUGCGCCAUGAACGCAAUAACCUCUCUACCAUUAUGGAAACCCAUGAAGACCGUGAGAGUGUCAUAACAAUGGACUCAUUGCCACAAGAUAACGCUCAAAGUCAAUUCACUUAUGUUCCUGAACUUCAUGCUGCCCCCAAAGCUGAGCUGCCACCACAACCGGUCUUCUCAGUUUACACGCGAACUCAUCACGAACUCAAUCCACGCCAGGAAACUUGGUCCGAAGACUUCACUGAUGGAGCAGCAGCUAGCGAAACAAGAAGUAUUAUCUCAAUGGAUUCAGAAGUUAAUGAUAUGCAUUCAGUUGGAGAAUUGGUCGAUACAUCACAUUACUUCGAGACUCACAACCAAUACCUCCCCGAGCCACCAAUUGUUGUCAAGAAACCCCAAAUCUCAUCGCACACCGUUGACGAUGUCUUCCUGCGAACAAUCACUGAGAAGAAGACCAUCGAAGACAUUGAAAGCCAUAAACGCAGAAUCACCGAAUACAAACCCAGACCAGUACCAGAUCCAACUUGGGAUGUUACCAUCCGCAACUACCCCAGUGAACGACAACAACAGCAAUGGGAGAACUUCUCAGAUAUCUCAAGUGCUUCUGGAAUGACCCUAACACCGAAGAUGGAACGUUCGACUUUGAGUAUUCCUCCACCACAGCAUAUUGAAGAAACCGGAAAACAAUUGACAUCACCUCAAUUGGUUGGAAAUAUGAAACCAAUUGAAAUUCCACCCGAGGACAAGGCCGUCCCCAACUGGGAUGUACUAAUUCGAGUGCUGGAAGAACCACAGGAGAAUAUGCCCGACGUCGUUGAUGAUGCCAGUUCGAUUCAGUCCAGUGUCCAUCCCAUGGCUCAUCACAUCAGCUACGAUGACAGAGCUAAAUGGAAGGAAAUCAUAACCACCGAAUCUUCACUCCGAACCAUGCUCACUGAAGCAGUCAUAAGAGAGGACUUCGAACGUAUCCGUCAAGACACUCGCUACGAGAGAAUCUUCGAACCCCAGACUUGGGAUGUUAUUGUACGAAUUCUAGCACCACCAGCCGAUGAUAGCAGCGAUGACAGAGCAGCUGCUAGGCGUUCGAAGAAAAAGGAGGCAUGGGACACCCGUUCACGUCGCAGUUCGUUGCCAACUCUUUACGAAUACGACAGUGAUGGUGGUUCGAGUGUGCGUACAAUUCGAAAUGAUCCCAUCCAUCCAUCGUCCUCAUCGAAUUCUUACCAACCUAGUGGUCGAUCACGUCAUAAUUCUAGAUCCUCAUAUCGUUCCGACAACAUUGACUUCCGUUCCAUGUCCGAGAUGACAGUGGACUUUGCUCGACCUGACCACUUGGAUAAUAUGUCCGAUGCAAGUUCAUUCUAUCCCAACCAAUAUUUUGGCGAUGAAGAGUCAUACGAUCGACGGUCGUUCAAUCGUUCAAUAAGCCAUCCUAGUUUGGCACGUUCGGCUAGUGAAUUCACCGAGCAUUGGGCUGCUCCGGAUAAUUCGGAUAUGUCAUCACCCGAAACAACUCCAAAAUCGAGAAGAUCUCAGCGAAUGGUGACCACAUUCCAAAGUAAGGGUCCUGCACCACCUCCACCACCACGUGCUGGACGAACUGUUACUGAGACUCAAACCCAAUAUGUUGAGUCACACUCAAGCACAUUCCAUACAGAGAACGAACCACGUCCUCGAGAUUGGUAGACAAAAUCCGGAUAAUCCAUCCAGAGAAUUAUCCAGAAUUAAUCAAAAAAUGUAAGAAAUAUUUCUACACGUCACUGCUAAAUGAAAAAACAGCCAAGUUAAAAUUUAUGCUUGAAAUCAGUUUAAAAAAAAUUGUUUCAUAAUAAUUAUGGGUUUCAAAUAAAUAUUGUGCCAAUAACCCAAAUUUCAAUAAAAACAGAAGGAGAAAUAUAAAAUAAUUAAUUUUAUUUUUUGUUUCAUUAAUCAUUUUAGUUAUGUAUAAAUUUAAAUAACGCAAAUUAUCAUCAAAUUUGAAGUUAAAAGCAGUAUGCUGGGAAAAUAUUGGUGAUCUAAUUAAUUAUAUUAACACUGUGAUAUUUUCAAAAAAUAUCUAUUUAAAAAAAUAUAAAAGAAAAAUACAGAAAAUUUAGAAAGAAAAAAAAAAUUACGAGAGAGAUAUUAAAUAAUUUAAAAAUAUUUUAUACAAAUAUUACAGAAUCCAUUUAAAUUUGAAAAAAUCAGAAAAUCUUAAAAUUUAUAUUAAGGUUUUGUUUUCAAAAAUGGACUUUGUGAUAUUUUGAAAUAGCAUUCUUGUUGUGAAUAGAAGAUUAAGAAAUACUCAACAAUACUGCCUUCGUACUUAAGCAACAUUUAAUGAAACAUUUUAUUUUCAAUCUAAUGGCAUCAUGAAAGAGAAUAACGUUUAUUUUUCGUAAAAUUGUAGAAACGAUAAUUUUAAGUUUCUGAAAUUUUUGGAUUGAUAUAAAAAUUUAAAUGCUUUUCUUAUUUUCAUAAAUCAAUAAAAAUAUCAACGAAUUUCAAAUUUCACUAUAAAAACAUUUGUUUUAUUAUAAAUCAAUCCAUUUAACUUGCCAAAAUUUCAAUAUUAUUGAAAAUGCCAAUCACACAGAAGAUGUAACACAAAUCUUUUGUUUCUUUUUUCUUAACAAAAUUUAAGUUCAGCCUUUUUCAUACAGUUUCACAUUUUAUAAUAAAAAAUAUGUAAAAAUGUGAAAAUCUGGAAAAAGUUGAUCUGUAAAUUAGAAAUAAUGUAUUCAGAAAUUUAAUAAAUACAAUUUAAAUUUCUAUACUUAUAACUCAAAUGGGGUUUUAAAACAAAAAGUAUUUUAUUAGAAGAAAAUAAAAUAGAUACUAAAUUAACAAUAUUAAAUAAAAAAUAUCUAAUUUAUAGUUCUUAACGUUAUUUUUUGUAUUUGUAUCUACUCCGUAUAUAAUGUUUAUCUUAUAGGUGGAGGGACUCAAUUGCAAUUUUCAACAACAAUAAAACAGAAUUAUUAUUAUGUUCAUAAAUUUGUUAAUUAAUAUUCCUAUUAAUAAAUUAAUUAAUAAAAUUUU